UCUGAAGAUCGAUGGAAGCCUCCAUGUUCGGUUUCGGCGCGAACGCGCCGCCAGCGUUCGUGUUCAACCCCACGGACGCCGACAUCGUCGCCCACUACCUCCUCCCCCGCGCGCUCGGCCUCCACAACCCCCACGCGCACGCCAUCAUCGAGGACGACCCCGGCAGCGCGCCGCCGUGGGAGGUCCUCAAGAGGCACGGCCACGAGGACAGCGACCACGCCUUCUUCUUCGGCCCGCCCACGGACGCGUCGAGCCGCACCGUCCGGGGCGGCGUGUGGCAGCGGCGGAAGGGGAAGGGGCACGAGGACACCGUCACCCUCGUGCAUCCGGCCGGCGGCGGCGAGGUGGAUAUCAGGUACAGGAGGUACGAACUCGCCUUCUCUGUCGCCGAGCGCGAGGGCGAACGCGCCGGGUACGUCAUGCACGAGUACGAGAUUGUGUCGCCGCCGCUUCCCGGCACCGUGCUCACCCGCAUCAAGGUCCACAAGAACGCCUACAGGCCGCCGGCCGCGGAUGCGGGUGGCGCCGACGAACAACACGCGGAUCUCCAGGUCCCAGGCCCGGAGCAGCCGGGCCCGAGCCACGAGCACGACCCCGCCACCAACGGCGAUGGAUUUGCUGGCGCGCAGGAUGGUGCUCUCGAUGACAGGCGGUGACUCGAUCCAGACGAAUUCAGCAACUCUAGAGGACUCCUUAGAAUCUGAAUUGUAAAAUUGCAAAAUUGAUUUGCAGUCUUAAAUUUCAGUCGCGCAGAACAGACAUCGUAUAGGAACCUGUAUUUUUUUUUUAAAAAAAGACUCGCAGGAGAAAUAUACAUUCAGUUCAUACAUAGAAACAUU